AUGAGCAGCAGGAUCGACAUACAGAUGCUGGGUGUGGUGGCGAGUACCCUCUCCCCGUGCCGGGAAAGUGGAGCCUGGCGGAUCCCUGGUUCACUGGCCAACCAAUCCAUCCUUGCUGGGGAGCUUCAGGCAAUUCCCGGACACCCAUCCUCACCACCCGUGGUGAACACUGUUCAUGGCAAAGUCCUGGGGAAGUACGUCAGCUUAGAAGGAUUCGAACAGCCUGUGGCCGUCUUCCUGGGAGUUCCCUUUGCCAAGCCUCCUCUUGGCUCACUGAGGUUUGCUCCACCACAGCCUGCAGAGCCCUGGAGCUUCGUGAAGGAUGCUACCUCCUACCCUCCUAUGUGCUCCCAAGAUGCUACGGUAGGGAAAAUGCUCUCCGAUCUCUUCACUAACAGAAAGGAGAACAUUCCUCUCCAGUUUUCUGAAGACUGUCUCUACCUAAAUAUUUACACUCCUGCCAACUUGACAAAGAGCAUGAGGCUGCCGGUGAUGGUGUGGAUCCAUGGAGGUUCUCUGGUGGUGGGUGGGGCAUCCACCUAUGAUGGACUGGCCCUCUGUGCCCAUGAGAACGUGGUAGUGGUGGCCAUUCAGUAUCGCCUGGGCAUCUGGGGAUUCUUCAGCACAGGAGAUGAACACAGCCGGGGGAACUGGGGCCACCUGGAUCAGCUGGCUGCAUUACGCUGGGUUCAGAACAACAUUGUCAACUUUGGAGGAGACCCAGACUCUGUGACCAUCUUUGGAGAGUCAGCAGGAGGUGAAAGUGUCUCUGUUCUUGUGUUGUCUCCUCUGGCCAAGAACCUCUUCCACAGGGCCAUUUCUGAGAGUGGUGUGGCCCUCACCCCUGGUAUGGUCAGGAAAGAUGUCAAACCUGUCGCUGAGCAAGUUGCCAUUGCUGCUGGGUGUAAAACAACCACAUCAGCUGCCAUGGUUAACUGCCUUCGCCAGAAGACAGAGAACGAACUCAUGGAGAUCAACCUGAAAUUGAAACCUUUUAAGGUCAAUUUACUUGGAGACCUCAGAGAGAGCUGCCCCUUCCUGCCGACUGCAGUUGAUGGAGUGUUCCUGCCGAAGACUCCAGAAGAGAUCCUGGCUGAGAAGAACUUCAAUACGGUCCCCUACAUGGUGGGCAUCAACAAGCAAGAGUUUGGUUGGCUUCUUCCACUGAUUAUGGGAUAUCCACUCUCUUCAGGCAAACUGGACCAGAAGACAGCCACAUCUCUUCUGAGGAAAUCGAGUCCCUUUCUCAAUGUCUCCGAGGAUGUGAUUCCUGCAGCCAUUAAGGAAUACUUAGGAGGGGCAGAAGACCUUGUCCAAAACAGAGACCGGUUUGUAGACUUGAUCGGAGAUGUGUUAUUUGCCGUGCCAUCUGUCAUUGUGGCUCGUCGUCACAGAGAUGCCGGAGCCCCCGUCUACAUGUAUGAAUUUCAGUAUCGCCCAAGCUUCUCAUCGGAUCUGAAACCUGAGAUGGUGACGGGUGACCAUGGGGAUGAACUCUUCUCAGUAUUUGGUGCCCCAUUUACAAAAGGGGGUGCCUCAAGUGAAGAGAUCAAUGUCAGCAAGAUGGUGAUGAAGUUUUGGGGCAAUUUUGCUUGGACUGGGAACCCCAAUGAGAAGACAUUGUCUGCAUGGCCAGAAUAUGAUCAGAACGAAGGAUACUUGAAGAUUGGUGCAACCACUCAGGCAGCCCAAGGGCUGAAGGAUAAGGAAGUGGCAUUUUGGACUAAAGUCUGGACCAAGGAGGAAGUCGAGAAGCUCCUCCAGGAAAAAAAUUGA